AUGGCUUCCCUUCAAUUAUCAUGCACGGUGCUCGGCACCACCGCCCCCAAACCCCACACCCUCCCCAAUGCAAGGCGGAGCCGUCGCUUCCACGUCUCGUGCAGCGGCGGCCCGGCCGAGGAAGGCAAGGUGGACCGCCGCAACAUGCUCCUCGGGCUAGGAGGCAUGUACGGUGCGGCCAACCUAGUCUCUGAUACCAAACUAGCUCGGGCGGAUCCGCUUCUUCCGCCCGAGUUCAAGAGCUGCGGGGUCGCCUACGUGGGCGAGGACCCACUCGACGUCAACUGCUGCCCGCCAACCUCUGACGUCAUCAAGGACUACAAGCUCCCGCCCGUUCACCGGCUCCGCGUGAGGCGGGCCGCGCACCGGCUGAACCUUGCCAACGUGGCGAAAUACAAGAGAGCCGUGAAGAUGAUGCGGGAUCUGGACGUGGCCGACCCCACCGAUCCCCGCGGCUUCUCCCAGCAGGCCAACAUCCAUUGCGCUUACUGCAACGGCGCCCACGACCAGGUCGGCCACGAGGGGCUCGACAUACAAGUCCACUUCUCUUGGCUCUUCUUCCCCUUCCACAGGUGGUACCUCUACUUCUACGAGAGGAUCAUGGCGGAUCUACUGAAAGAUCCGACAUUCGCCCUCCCGUACUGGAACUGGGACCAACCAAAGGGCAUGCAGCUCCCGUGGAUGUUCGACGAAGAGGACUCGUCCCUCUACGACCCCAACCGCAACCAAGAUCGCCGCCCGCCCGCGGUCCUCAACCUCGCCCUAAACAGCACCAUCACCGACCCGGUCCAGAUCAUCUCAAACAACCUAAGCCUCAUGUACAACGAAAUGAUAGGCACCCCAGCCUCUGCCACCGACUUCAUGGGGAAAGCCUACCGAGACGGGGACGCGCCCCCGACCUACCCGGACGGGGGCACGUCCGAGAAAGGGUCCCACACCGCGGUGCACGCCUGGUUCGGGGACCCCAGGAACGAAUACAAUGAAGACAUCGGAAACUUCUACUCCGCAGGAAGGGACCCCGCUUUCUACUCCCAUCACGCUAACGUCGACAGAAUGUGGACCAUUUGGAACGACAUCCCGGCCGAUUAUCAGAAGGCGAUAACCGAUCCGGAUUACCUCAACGCGUCGUUCUUGUUCUACGACGAGAAGAAGCAGCUUGUGAGAGUCAAGGUCGCCGACUGUUUCAACCAUAAAAAAAUGGGGUAUGACUACGAAAAGGUGGACAUUCCAUGGGUGAGGUCGAAGCCGCCGCAGAGGGCGGCGGCGGUGAACAUCCAGGAUCUGUCGAAGGGGGUGAAGACGGCGGAGAAGGUGUUCCCGCUCAAGCUGAGGAAGACGACUAGGGUUUUGGUGGCGAAACCGACGGUGGGGAAAGCGGAUGAGGUGCUGGUGCUGGAGAAUAUAGUGACGGAUAAUCGGAAGCUGAUUAAGUUCGACGUGUUUGUGAACGAUGAAGACGAUAAGCCGGAGGAGGUGGAUAGGGCGGAGUAUGCUGGGGGUUUCACGCAGCUGCCGCAUAGGGUUAAGGCGAAGAAUAGUGUGAGUGAUCUUCGGUUGAACUUGAAGCAGCUUUAUGAGAAUAUUAAUAUUGCGGAUGAUGAUACGGUUGUGGUCACGAUUGUGCCUCUAAUUAACGGCGAGGCCGUCACCAUUGGUGGAAUUAAGAUUGUGGAGGCGCCGACCGCCUGAAUCUGCCGACUAGCUUUGGGUUCAGACUUGUUUGGUUUAUGCAAAGACUUGUGAGAACAAGUGACGUGUGGGUGUGUGUUAAUUUGUUUCCCUUUUGUAAUUUUGUUUGAAUAAACGUCUGUCCUCUUGUUUUGGAUA